GUCAUCUUUAGCUGCAGACUGGAGGGUAAGUAGCAAGACAACAGGCAACAUGAUCUCAUUCAUUUGGGGACUGGCCUGUCUCAUCAUAAGCGUCUUGAUUCCGGGAACUCUGGGAUCACAGUUUGGACCACACCACCGGCAGACCAAAAUAAUUGGAGGUCAUUCCCUCCCAAAGGCGUCACCACAGGUGUCCCCGAGGGUUCAUGGCAGCUUUGAAGACAUCAGAUCGACUGAACGAGCCUCCGAUGAAGUACGAAGCACCGAAAUUUCCCAGGAGGUCCGGAAGAGAGAUGAGAUGCAGCAGGAUGCACAGACCAGUAGUCAUAACUACUUAGCACAGCAACCACGGAACCUCAUCUCAGCAACCGGCGGCACUAAUUCCAGAUUCUAUCGCUAUCAGCUCUCUCAUCACCAGCCGCUUUCACAGCUGCAAGCAAAAGCAGCAAAGCACGCUUCUCAGCUGUAUGCUCAACAUCCCAAUUCUCCUGUAUCCUCCAGAACUGCCACAGUCACAUCAUCCUCAAACUGCAGGAAUCGUCCAAUAGAUUUGGUUUUCAUCGUGGACAGCUCUCGCAGCGUGCGGCCUGCUGAGUUUGAAAAGGCCAAGGAGUUCCUGAUAGACAUGGUGGACACCCUGGAGAUCGGCUCAGAUGCCACCCGAGUGGGCCUCGUCAAUUAUGCCAGCACAGUAAAGAUUGAGUUUCAUUUGAAUACGUAUUUUGACAAGCACGCCUUAAAGCAGGCAUUGGCCCGUGUUCAGCCUCUAGCUUCUGGCACCAUGACAGGCGUAGCCAUUAAGGCCGCCGUGGACAAAGCUUUUAUUGCCGAGGCAGGUGCCCGAACCGGCUCCGAGAAAAUUGCCAAAGUAGCCAUCGUAGUGACUGAUGGGAGACCCCAGGACCAGGUGGAAGAGGUAUCAGCAGCAGCCCGGGCGUCCGGCAUUGAAAUCUAUGCAGUGGGAGUGGACAGAGCAGAUCUGAUGUCCCUCCGCCUCAUGGCCAGCCAGCCUCUAGAAGAUCACGUCUUCUACGUGGAGACGUAUGGUGUCAUAGAGAAGCUCACUGGAAAAUUUAGGGAAACCUUAUGUGGUAAGGAUGAUCUGGAGAGUGUGGCUAUUCCAUUUGGCGGUGUCCGAAUAGCGCACGCUGGCAGGAUAAAAAAUGAAACUGACAAAAAGAGAAAAAGCGGAGUGGAUGCCUGCGCUCGCGGGCAUAAUUGCCAGCACGUCUGCGUCAGCAAUGGGAACUCUUACAGCUGUCAGUGUUGGGCCGGCUAUGUCUUGAACGCGGACAAGAGGACGUGCUCACGUCAAGAUGCAUGUGCCCGGGGACAUGACUGCCAACAUAUUUGUGUUAACAGUGGUGACUCUUACGUCUGCAAAUGUGGAAUGGGAUACAUCCUGAACGCAGACCAGAAAACAUGCUCACGUUCAGAUCCAUGUGCCGCUGGACAUGAUUGCCAGCACAUUUGUCUUGACAAUGGAGACUCUUACAUCUGCAAAUGUCAUCCAGGAUAUGCAUUGCAUCCAGACAAAAAAUCAUGCUCACGUAUAGUGGCAGAUGCAUGUGCCAGAGGUAACGACUGCCAGCAAAUCUGUGUCAAUAAUGGAAACUCCUAUUACUGCAGAUGUCAAGUAGGAUACAUACUGAAUGUGGAUCAGAAAACAUGCUCACGCGCGGAUGCUUGUGCUCUCGGACACAACUGCCAGCAUACUUGCGUCAACAGCGGAGAGUCGUACAUUUGCAAGUGUCGUACGGGAUAUCAUUUGAAUGCAGAUCAGAGAACGUGCUCACGUGUGGAUGCUUGUACUCUCGGACACAACUGCCAGCAUAUGUGCAUCAACAGCGGCGAUUCGUACAUUUGCAAGUGUCGUGCGGGAUAUAUUUUGAAUGCAGAUAAGAGAACUUGCUCACAGGAAAUGAGAAGUGAAAUAACGCAAGAUGCCUGCAAGUGUGAAGCUCAGAUUCUGUUCCAGAAAAAAGUGCAGUCAACCAUUCAAGACUUGAGCAGAAGACUCGGUGACCUUUCAGACCGAGUGAACCAGAUUGAGGACCAGCAGCAGUAUUAGGAGCAGUGAUGAUGUCCAAUGUGGGAUUUGUAUAGUUGAUCAUUUUUUAACUUUCCCAUGGAAUUAUUUGAAGUGUAAAAAAAAAAAAAAAAAAAGAAAAGAAAAGAUGUGGGACACGAAUGGCACUUUGGUUUUAUAUUAAAACCCCUAUAUUUGCAUUUAAAACGUGUACGUAUGUCGUCAUCCAUUCAUUGUAGUCAUUGUUCUUUGAACGUGUAUUUUCUCUGUGGUCCGCAUCAAUGAACAUAACAUUCUAAUCGCUUUAGCAACAAAAUGGCUGUUCUCACCCACUGGAUUACAGCAAUACUAUGCAGAGAAAAGGUCAUAAUAAAGUCGGAUUAAAGUUGGCGAGCAUGUGGCUCGGUUACGGAAUACUACAUGGUGCUCUUCUUGUAACAGUUCUCAACAUUAGACUGAGUUUUGUUUUGUAUACAGCUGGUAUAGUGAAGAUACGUUUGAAAGACAAAGCUUGAACAUUGACUUAACAUCAGCUCUUUUCAUGUAACCUAUUCAACGAGAAGUGUCUUCGUAAACUGUAACGCUCAAACUAACUGUAACCCUCAAACUAUGUGCUCACUGUACUGUAUUUGCUGCUUUUGUGACAUAGGAGGGUUUGUUAGUGAAGAUAUGUUGUAUUGAUUGUGUGUAAACUGAUGCCAUAUAUAAGCAAUAUCUUAGUGACUUUCUAUUUUCUGUUGGAUGUUAUUGGUGCUUGCUGAAUAAAUAUUCUGAAACAAUUGAA